AUGACUUUAAUUCUUGCACAAAAAAAAAUUUUUUCAGCCAGUUUUAAUGGAAUUUUAAAAGACGUCUGUUUUUUUUUAGAAGCUGUGGCUAUUAAUGUUUCUAUUGUUGUCAGUAACAUUAGAGCAGUCUCUGAAGUCACUAUGGAUUACAAUUUGGAAUUAUUUUACCGUGAAAGUUGGGUUGAUCGACGACUUUCCUACGAUAUUACACGAUUCAAGAAUAAAACUGAAAUUGCACUUCACGAAAGUUUUAUUGACGGUAUUUGGCAUCCAGAUACAUUUAUGCCAAAUGCUAUUGCAUCUAAAUAUCCAAUGAAAAAAUCUAUUUCACAUCGAGCUUUAUUAAGGUUAAAUCACGAAGGAAAUCUUUUGUAUAGUCGACGAUUAUCGGUGUUGGCUGAAUGUCCAAUGGAUUUAACACUUUUUCCAUUUGAUACACAGAUCUGUAAACUGGGAAUUGAAAGUUAUGGUUACACAGCAGAACAAGUAAUUUAUCGUUGGUCUACGGGUUCUAAGGUAGCAUUAAAGCUGCAUAAAAUUAGGCUACCAGACUUUCAAAUCAAACAGGCAUAUGUAACAAGUCAACUAGAAGCAUAUGCUACUGGUAACUACAGUCGCCUUUAUGUGUGCUUUAUAUUCACCAGGUCUGCGGGUUUCUGCUUCUUACAGUUAAUUAUUCCCUCAACUGCUGUUGUUAUCACUUCUUGGGUAUCUUUGUGGAUGGAAAACGAAACGUCUUUCCAGGAUAUGAUUUCUAUUAUUCUUACAAUAACAUUUCUGCUAUUUUCAUACAAUGAAGUUAUGCCACGGGUCAGCUAUAUCAAAGCUAUGGACGUAUAUUUAGGUGUUUGCUUUUGUAUCGUAUUUUUAUCGUUAAUCAAAUUAGCGAUAAUUAAGUAUAUGCGGCAAAGAUUAAAAAUAACACGGUACGUUAACACGCAUAUGUUUUACAUCAAGUUUAUUAUUUUACUAAAGAACUCUUUUUCAAAAGUAAAAAUUGAAUUUACUCCACGUUUUACGCAACGGUUUCAUUGUCUUACACAGAUGAUAUUCUUAUUUGGCUUUGUAACAUUUUGUUUCUUUUAUUUUCUAAUCUAUCCAAAUAUUCAUGAAGCACCAUACGACGAGAAUUGUGAUCGAAAAGAUGCUGAAUGGUUUGCUCCAUUGCUUUAG